CGUUAAUUACGUAUUUGUAUUUGAUUUAUCCGUAUUUCAUAAAACAUGUGUGAAAAAGAGAAGAUUAUACUUGUAACUGGUGGGACAGGAUUAGUUGGUAAAGCCAUUCAAAGUGUCAUUGAAGCAGAUAAAAUUAAGAAUGAAAAGUGGAUAUUUGUAGGGUCUAAAGAUGCAGACUUAUGUAAUAAACAAGGUACAGAGAAAUUAUUUGAAAAACAUAAACCAACACAUGUUGUUCACUUGGCUGCUAUGGUUGGUGGUCUAUUCCACAAUAUGGCACAUAAUUUAGAUUUUUUGCGUAACAAUAUUCAUAUGAAUGAUAAUGUAUUACAAACUGCUCAUGAAAAUAAUGUUGUCAAAGUUAUUUCCUGUUUGUCAACUUGCAUAUUUCCUGAUAAAACUACAUAUCCCAUAGAUGAAACUAUGAUUCACAAUGGGCCACCACAUCCAUCAAAUUAUGGUUAUAGUUAUGCCAAACGUCUUAUAGAUAUAGCAAAUAAAGGUUAUUAUGAACAACACGGUAGAAUUUACACAAGUAUCAUUCCGUGCAAUGUAUUUGGUCCAAAUGACAAUUUUCAUCCUAGUGCUAGUCAUGUUAUACCAGGUUUAAUGCGAAGACUUUAUGAUCUAAUAAAAAAUGGAAAUACUGAAGAUAAAACAUUUACUGUAUUGGGCUCUGGGAAGCCUCUGAGACAGUUUAUUUAUAGUUUAGAUUUAGCUAAAUUGAUAAUAUGGGUGUUAAGAGGAUAUGAUUCUGUGGAGCCAAUUAUAUUAUCAGUGGAUGAGUCUCAAGAAGUCACAAUAUCACAAGUAGCCGAAGCAAUUGCACAGGCUUUUGAUUUCAAAGGGAAAAUAGUAUAUGAUUUAUCUGCAGCAGAUGGGCAAUAUAAGAAAACAGCAAGUAAUGCAAAAUUACGAAAGUAUUUACCAGAUUUUCAAUUCACACCAUUUACUCAAGCUAUUAAAGAGACUGUUGAUUGGUAUAUAGCAAAUUAUGAUCAGGCAAGAAAUUAA